AUGACCUGCCCGUGCCCAGCGCUGACCCUUGAGCAGAAGAAGGAGCUGUCUGACAUCGCUCACCGGCUUGUGGCUCCAGGCAAGGGGAUCCUGGCUGCAGAUGAGUCCACCGCGAGCAUCGCCAAGCGGCUGCAGACCAUUGGGGCCGAGAACACGGAGGAGAACAGGCGCUCCUACCGCCAGCUGCUGCUGACCGCCGACGACAGAAUGAACCCCUGCAUCGGGGGCGUGAUCCUCUUCCACGAGACGCUGUACCAGAAGGCGGACGAUGGACGUCCCUUCCCCCAUAUCAUCAAGUCCAAGGGCAUUGUCGUGGGGAUUAAGGUGGACAAGGGUGUGGUGCCCCUGGCAGGGACUGAUGGCGAGACCACCACCCAGGGGCUGGAUGACUUGUCUGAACGCUGUGCCCAGUACAAGCAGGAUGGAGCCGACUUUGCCAAAUGGCGCUGUGUGCUGAAGAUUGGGAAACACACCCCCACAACCCUGGCCAUCAUGGAAAAUGCCAAUGUUCUGGCCCGCUAUGCCAGCAUUUGCCAGCAGAAUGCCAUUGUGCCCAUCGUCGAGCCGGAAAUCCUCCCUGAUGGGUCCCACGACUUGAAGCGCUGUCAAUAUGUAACGGAGAAGGUACUGGCUGCUGUCUACAAGGCGCUGAGCGACCACCACGUCUACCUGGAAGGGACCUUGCUGAAGCCCAACAUGGUCACUCCAGGCCAUUCUUGCACCCAGAAAUUUUCUAAUGAGGAGAUCGCCAUGGCAACCGUCACAGCACUUCGUCGCACAGUGCCUCCCGCUGUCCCCGGAAUCACUUUCCUGUCUGGAGGGCAGAGUGAGGAAGAGGCAUCCAUCAACCUCAAUGCCAUCAACAAGUGUCCCCUGCUGAAGCCAUGGGCCCUGACUUUCUCCUAUGGCCGAGCCCUGCAGGCUUCUGCCCUAAAGGCCUGGGGCGGGAAGAAAUCGAACACGAAGGCAGCCCAGGAAGAGUUUAUCAAGCGUGCUCUGAUCAACAGCCUUGCUUCUCAGGGGCAGUACAACGCCAUCGGUCAGUCAGGGGUGUCAGCCAGUGAAUCCCUUUUCAUGUCUAACCACGCCUACUGA